CUAUGAAGGACUGGAUAGGGACUGGAGAUGUGCUUUGCAGGUGAAGAAUGCUGAAUUGGCAGGUGCCAAAGGAGUUAUUCUGUACUCUGACCCUGCUGACUACUGCGCCCCAGGAACAGAGCCCUAUCCAAAUGGCUGGAACCUUCCAGGUGGAGGAGCCCAGCGUGGAAAUGUAUUAAGCCUGAAUGGGGCAGGGGAUCCUCUGACACCAGGUUAUCCUGCAAAAGAAUACACGUACCGAUUAGACAAAGCCAGUGGUGUAGGUCUCCCAAAAAUUCCAGUUCAUCCCAUUGGCUAUCAUGAUGCUGAGUCAUUACUGCGUAAUAUGGGAGGAUAUGCACCACCACACAGUAGCUGGAAAGGAAAUUUGAAUGUAUCUUACAACGUUGGUCCUGGUUUCACAACAAAUUAUUCUACAAGAAAGGUGAAAAUGCACAUUCAUAGCCACAACGAAAUAAGAAGGAUUUACAAUGUGAUUGGUACCAUCAGAGGCACAGUGGAACCAGACAGAUAUGUCAUCCUGGGAGGCCACCGCGACUCAUGGGUAUUUGGUGGCAUUGAUCCUCAGAGUGGGGCAGCUGUGGUUCAUGAGAUUGUGAGGAGCUUUGGAAAACUGAAAAGGAAAGGAUGGAGGCCGAGGAGAACAGUGAUAUUUGCAAGCUGGGAUGCAGAGGAAUUUGGCUUGUUAGGAUCUACAGAGUGGGCGGAGGAAAAUGCCAAAGUAUUGCAAGCACGAGGAGUGGCUUAUAUCAAUGCAGAUUCCUCCAUUGAAGGAAACUACACCCUACGAGUGGAUUGCACACCACUGAUGUACAGACUGGUGUACAGUCUGACUAAAGAGAUACCAAGUCCUGAUGAGGGGUUUGAAGGAAAAUCUCUUUAUGAAAGCUGGUAUAAAAAAAAUCCAUCAAGAGAAUAUAAAGAGGUCCCCAGAAUAAAUAAACUGGGUUCUGGCAAUGACUUUGAAGUCUUUUUUCAACGCCUUGGCAUCGCUUCAGGCAGAGCACGUUACAGUAAAAACUGGAAUGUAGAAAAAUAUAGCACCUAUCCAGUUUACCACAGUGUCUAUGAAACCUAUGAAAUUGUGGAGAGGUUUUAUGAUCCCACUUUCAAGAAUCAUCUGACAGUAGCUCAGGUACGGGGAGGGCUGGUGUUUGAAUUGGCCAACUCCGUUGUGCUUCCUUUCGACUGUAGAGAUUAUGCAUCAGCUGUGAGCAGCUAUGCUCACAUCAUCUAUAACUUGUCAAGGAAUCAUGAAGAGGAACUGACAACAUACAAUGUAUCCUUUGAUGCUCUCUUUUCAGCUGUGAAGAAUUUUACAGAAGUUGCUGCUAGCUUUCACAAGAGACUGCAACAAAUAGAUAUCAAUAA